AUGAAAAAAUUGCAGAGAGAAGUAAAAGUUCUCACUAAUUUAGUUGGAUUAGCAGCUGGGCCCCAAGGACCAGCUGCUAAGCGAGAUUACCAUCAGCCAAAACUUUUUGGGAGAAGAAACAUGACAAAGAAAUGUCUUCUCACAAGACACCUUGCCCAAAGAUAUGUCCAUAAGAAUCAAUACAGGUGGGCCAAUGACAUUCGAGUUCCACUAUGGAAACAGCAAAAAUGGGAUACCAAGAAACAGAAACAUCACUCUACUCCAACAAAGCCCAACAAAGCUGAUAGGUGGUGGUAUAUCAAGAAAUUGGAAACUUUUGCACUUGGGUCGGCAUUGUUGGAGGUCAUGAGCUGGUUGCCUACCCUCACAUGCAACACCUCUUACCACAACUCUCCCAUGGCCCAGAGGAAAAUGAGCAGAAGGGUUCAGCAGUAUGUUGGUGUGGUGGAACAUGCAGUAUUUGAUGAAUCUAGUGUACCUGCACGCAGAAUCAUUGUUGCAACUGCCCACAAUGUCUUAGCCGCUUUGUCUACAAAAAAUGGUGAGAUUGUUUGGCGUCAUGUUAUGGAAGACAGCGAUGGUGAGGGCAUUGACCUCUUGGUCAGUAAGGGAUCGCAGAUUACAAUUGUGUCGGGGAACCUCCUUCGCACGUGGGAUUCGGUUUCAGCAGCGCUCAUUGAAGAAAUACCUUUGGACCAUGCCUCCUCUCUCUCUGGAGUACUGAUGCGAGCAGUCAGCUUAACAGAAAAUGAAGUGGUCUUAGCUGAAUUGGUUCCAGGGUCACUGGCAAUGACUACACUGGAUCGAUCUUCUGGGGCUGCUUUGGAUCAUGCCACAAUUGCCGCACCAUGGUUACAUGACAAGACGAAGUAA